AUGACGUUCGGUGAUCAAGAGAGGGGAAGUUGUGGAGGUACUCUCGAGGAAGACGGAGGGAGUAGGACAGAGACUGAGUCGUUGGAAGGACAUCUAGGCGAUGAAUGCACCCUCUUCAAGACCUGGGUGACCGGCGAAUACAUUGGCGCUGCCCAGGAUUCCUUCGGCUUUACCUCAUGUUACACGUCGUGGUUUUAUUCUAAGAACCUGGCACCUCGAGCAGUGGUUACGAUGCCGACGUUCUAUUCGGUGAAUCACGCUGAAUCUCAGGCCACCAAUGGAUAUUUCUGCUACGUAUACGAUUCAUGCAGCAUCACGGGUGUUAUGGCUAAUCCUUACUGGAAGGCUGACGUCCAGAAAACGUAUCUCGUCUCAACCGUCAUCGUUAAACCCAGGGAAGACAGCAUUAACUUCGAUAACGUCGAGAUACGCUUUGGAAAUUCGCCCACCAUCAGCCAGAAUCCAAUAUUUGGCACCCACGUGGGUGCCACACCUCCUGCCGGCACUGUCCUCACUUUCAAGUCCACCAAACCCAUGGAAGGAAGGUACCUCUCUUUCCAGACAUUAGCGGCCAGUGCUGCACUCUCGGUCUGCGAAGUGCAGAUCAUCGAGGCUUAG